AUGUCUUGGCUUUGGCUGCCACAAGAUCUCUACUGUGAGCUCCUCCAGUCUGAUGGCCACUUUCUUGGGAAAGUUACGAGGAUGACGGUGCCAGCAAAGCGGAUCUCAUCAUUCAGCACAUGUCACCCAGCGUUGAUAUUGAAGGACACCGGCAUCGACAAGAGGUCAGAGGUCCUCCUCCACCGUGACACUCCUUUGGCGAAUCCCCUCUUCGAGAUGGACGACAUCGACUCCACAGUCAUCGAGACGUCGAGCAGCCCGAAACACGAGAUCCGCCCCGAGCAGAUCAUCAGCCUCAUUAUCGCACCUAUAUCGUCUUGCCUCCUGGCAUACCUACUUCGUGAGGGAAUCGUUGCUGCUAGGUUAUCGACAAGAUCUAAUGGCUUUCAAGGUCACCAGUGGUCCGCGAUUAAAGACUGGCGUCCGUUGCCAUGGACAAGAUGGCUUGUGUUAUUCACCUACCUCUUCUCGUGCCUUUUCGUCUUCGGAUCAUGGGUCUUCCAGCUUUUAUUUCUGGCUGAGCUUCGCAUGGAUUUCAUACCAUGUUCAGCUGCGGGCAUACUGUGUCUGACUGCCUACGUCGUAAUUAAACUCGUCUACCUUUUCAUGGUUGAUAAAGCGCAUGUUAUCCGAGGCACUACCAAGUCUCGUCUCAAGUCCAAAUUGUAUGUAUUCAAUGCGUUUGUCAUGCUGGCUGUAUACGGCAUUAUAGCAACGUUCAACUUUGUCUCUCGAGGGUCUCGGUACGACAAGGAAAAUGAUGUCUGCAGUAUCGGACUGGAACGCACCAUCCUGUUGCCCGUCAUUUUCUUUGACGCUGUUGUCAACGUGUAUCUGACGUCUCUGUUCUUGUUUCCACUACUGAGAUUACACUCGAUUCAAAUAUCGAUGAUGAAGCCAUGGACGAUGCAUGAGAAUACCCUUCAUUUCUCUCGAGUUCCGCCCAACGUAAGGCUACGGAGACUCGCAUUACGAACGUUUGCCGGUGUUAUCGGCACAUUGGCCAUUAGCAUUGCCAACCUAUCAGUGUUGGUCGCUCUGGAAGGCGAGAUAGUUUGGCUUUGUCUCACCUGUUGCAAUACGGACAUUCUCUUCACCGCAUUUGUCAUUCAUUGGAUCAACUCUAGCGGCAAAGCUACUCCAAUAUCCAAUGUCGAAGUUGCUCCUACCCCAGCCCCGCCGCCAUCAUCAAGAGAGCUGGGCGAAAAAGAAGUUGUGACCUUCACUGAAAUAUUUGAUCAACGACGAAAGUCGUACGACGACCACGAGCCAUAG